ACAUGUCUAUAAAAAGAGCCUCUCCUUCACUGAGGAAGCAACAGAGAGACCUUUUUUUUUUCCUGCUGAGCAUUUUCACAGAGGAGCAGAGAGAAGGCAGAAGAGGAGGAAGAAAGGGAUCACAGUGAAGAAGAUCUGUGAAGAAACGGAGGGAGAAAAAACGAGAGGAGGAAAGAACAAGCCAUUGAGAAAGGUUGAAGAUGGUGUGUGUGUGUUGGUUCUUCGUGGUGCUGAUGGCAUGCGUGUGCGUCCCCGGUUUUGGGUCGUUAUGCUUGGAUGGCUCUAUCUGCAACAACCUCAGCAACAAGGGGAACAUAAUGGACUGUAUUCACCUCUGCAUGUCUGUGGUCCAGACUGAAUUCCCAGAGCUUGACGCAUCGGGCAUGCCGAGCAAUAAUGAUAAAGACCUUUUACUCAGUAUCAUUCUGUCCAAAAUAGUCUCUGAAGACAAGCUCUCACAGUCAGUACUAAAAUCUCACAGCAACCAGCGACGCUCCUAUUCUAUGGAGCAUUUCCGCUGGGGCAAACCCACUGGCCGUAAACGUCGGCCUGUGAAGGUUUUUGCCUCUUCUUUGGAAGGAGGAAGCUCUUUUGAGGACACGUUUCCCUUUCAGGCCCGCAGGCAGCUGAGCAUAAAUGAGGAGGAAGCAAAUGGUGGCCCUAAUGGAGAAAGUCAACAAAACCAGGUAUUGCUGAGUGCGAGGGUAGCCCCCAAACCACAGACUCAGUUGAGCGCCCAGCACAGAAAAGAUGGGACCUAUCGGAUGAGUCACUUCAGAUGGGGCAGCCCACCUCUCUCUAAACGUAACAGCAGCUUGAUGAAGACAUGGGAGAAGAAACCUCAGGGGCAGCUUGCUGGGCUCUUCAGGAACAUUUUUGACAAGAAUGCACAGAGAAUAAUGCACUGAAUUAAAGAGGAAGAGGAGGAGG